GCGUAUUUACAGAUGUGCCACAUCCCACAAUUGCCCUCCUUUCUUUCAAUGUUCGGUAUAAAUAUCGCGAUUGAAUCGACUCAAGCCAUCAGUCUUCAAACUGUUUCAAGCAAUUCACUUCUCCUGCAAAAUGAAGUUCUUCCUCCUCGCCACUCUCUUUACUAUUGCCGCCGCCAAUUCUUACAGGGCCGCGGAACACGCACCAAAAUACGUGACUCCUAGCUAUGUACCUCCCAAAUACGAGGCCGCUACAUACGCCGAAGUCAACUAUGAGACUGCUGAACCUUACGAGUUUGGAUACGUUGUGAAAGAUACUGAAUCCUACGCCGAUUUUGAUCACUCCGAGAAAAGGGACGGCAAAGUAACGACUGGCACUUACCGCGUUCAACUGCCCGACGGCCGUGUUCAAAUCGUUACCUACAAAGCCGAUAGCUACGGCUACACGGCUGAUGUCAAGUUCGUAGGCGAAGCCAAAUAUCCGGAAUACGUCCAGUCCAAAUACAACAGCUACUCUGCCCCAGCUUACAAGGCACCCGCUGCCCCCGUUUACUCUGCUCCAGCCUAUAAGGCUCCCGCACCAGUUAAACCUGCUCCUCAAUACAAAGCCUCCACUACCCCUGCUCCCGUUUACUCCAAACCAGUCUACAAGACUCCCGCCCCUGUCUACCCUACACCAGCCUACGAAGCUCCAAAAUACAAAGCAACCACCACCACUGCUGCCCCAGCCUACGAUGUCCCAACGUACAUCGCCCCUACCUACCCAUCAGCUCCAGUUUAUUAACCUUCCACUUAUACUACCAUCCCCACCUCCCCCUCGAAAUAUUAGAUGUCUAGUUGAUGAUUAUUUAAUACAUGACACCCGUAUGAAGUUUGACCCCGUAA